AUGAGGAAAGCACGGGAAGACUUACUGGACGACAUUUUUGGCGACGAUGUUAGGAUUGCGAGUACUACUCAACGGACACAGUUUGAGGGUACCACCUCGCUGUUGACGGUCGAGCCUGCGAAUGUACAAGCCAUGCUUGCUACGCAAUUCAAGGACUUUGAGCUAGGCGCGAUGAGAAUCAAUCAGUUCUAUCCACUUCUUGGGUCGAGUAUCUUUACCAGUGAUGGCAGGUUUUGGGAACAUUCCCGAGCAUUGUUCAGACCUCAAUUCAAUCGUGAAAGUCUCAAUGAUUUGGAAGGUACCGAGGACGCGGUUCGAGAUCUCAUCGAUGCCAUAUCUGCGGGAAUGGAUGGCUUUCAAGAAGUCGAGCUGCUUCCUCUGCUACAGAAUUUCACCCUCGAUACUGCCACCAGUUUCCUGUUCGGAGAGUCUGUCAAGUCACAGCGAUGUUCUCUGGAUGAAGCUGAUGGCCUUCAAGGGUCGAAACAGUUCCGGGAAGACUUCGAAUUCGUAAACAAAACUCUUCUCAAUCGUAUACGUCUACAAAGCGCCUACUGGUUAGCAGACGGUAGGCGAUUCCGCAAAGCCGUGGCAAGAAUCCGGGCAUUCACCGAACAAUUCGUGGAAAAGGCACUCAAUGCUUCCCAACCUGGCAAAGUUACGAGCAAGAAGUACAAUCUCCUAUCCGCUCUGGCUACUCAAUGUCAAGACCGCGAAGAACUCCAGAAUCAAAGUCUGGCCGUCCUGCUCGCUGGGCGUGAUUCCACAGCGGCGCUUCUGGGAUGGGCCUUCACGCGACUAGCAUUACAUUCAGAAAUCUUCCACGACCUACGACGUGCCAUUCUGAACGAUUUCAACACACAGAAGAGUAUUACAGCAACUGCAUUGAAGAGCUGCCGGCCUCUGCAGCAUUUCUUCAAUGAAGUCCUACGAUUACAUCCCGUUGUACCAAUCAACAAUCGCCAAGCCGUGAGAGACACAACGCUACCUCGAGGAGGAGGUCCUGAUGAGACUAUGCCAAUUGCUAUCAAGAAGGGGCAAGUCGUCACAUUUAGUGUCUACCUCAUGCACCGACGGGUGGAUCUAUGGGGUGAAGAUGCAUUGAGCUUUAGACCUGAACGCUGGGCACAGAGGAUCCCUUCGUGGCAAUUCCUUCCUUUCAGUGGUGGCCCAAGAGUGUGUAUUGGACAACAAUUCGCUCUGAUCGAAGCUAGCUACAUCCUUGUCAGGAUGCUGCAGCAGUAUGACGCUAUUGAGCCGGUUGAUCGCACAGAUAUGGCGGCUUUGAAGAAGGGGCUGGGUCUUACCAUGUGGCCAGCCGACAGUGUAAAUGUGAGAAUGCAUAGAGCGAGAUGA